AUGCCUUCUGAGGCUGUGUACUCAUUGUAUAUUAAAAGAGAAAAUGCCCAUGAAGAUCCAAUUUAUAGUUGCGCUUGGACACAAGCAAGUACUUCUAGUGAUCCAAAAGCCCCCAAAAAAGAUUUUAUAGCAACAGGAGGACUUGACUGUCUUGUGAAAGUGUGGCAAGUAGAGAAAAAUAAACUAGAGAUACUACAUGAGUUACAUGGUCAUGCUAUGGCUGUCAUGUCUGUAGCAGUCAGCCCUGAUGGACACACUUUGGCUACAGUAUCCAUAGACUCAACUUUAAUUAUAUGGGAUUUGGUGUCUGGAAAUAAGGUGCAUGAAAUACAAAGUGGUGCAACAGACAUGUGGAAGGUUGCUUUCUCACCUGAUGGCACUCAGGUAGUUUCUGGAAGCCAUUCAGGCAAAAUUCUUAUUUAUGGAAUUGAAAAGGGCAUUGUGGAUAGAGUUUUAGAUACUAGGGGCAAAUUCGCUGUAUGUGUUGAUUGGAGUAGUGACGGCAAAUACAUAUGCAGCGGCGCAGUGGAUGGUACAGUGUGCAUAUUCAACGUCGCCCAAGGCAAGCUGAUCCACACUGUUGAGGCGCACGCGCAGACCGUCAGGAGUGUUGCCUUUUCACAAAACUCUCAGUCAAUAGUCACGGCUUCCAACGACGGCUACGUGAAGGUUUACAACGCAGCCAGUGCUAAUUUCCAGUGCGAAGUGAACCUCAAGUCCUGGGUGCUAAGUGCCUGUUUCUCGAAAGAGGGCAGGCGUGUCGCCGCAGCUACGGCAGACGGCUGCGUUCACUUCAUAUCGCUCGACAAUAUGAACACAUUGAAGAGCUUCAAAGAGCACGCCAAUAUGGUCUGCGAGGUCCAGUUCAACCCUGCGGGCGUCCGGCUUGUGUCAGUGUCCAAAGACAAGUGCAUAAACAUUUACGAAUGCCCAGUGCCGCCGAAGCAAUCGAAGAAG